AACAUCAGCUGAUUCACCCUUUCGCCUGAACUACGCGAGCUAUAUUGACAGAGAAAUACUAACCGCAGUGGUAGUAACACCUAUUCCGUGCACCGCUCGUCUUGGGAUCCUUUGUUAUUUUAGCCCACUGACUUUUUAGGCUAUUAACUUACUGCUCUGCCUCCCUGGAUUUUGUUGACUUACACUUGCUGACAGGAAGGACACCUUAGGCCUGUCUGAAUUUUGAAGAGGCUUACUAGGCUGUUCACACUGACGAUGGAGUUACUCCGAAUUUCCAGGGCGUGGACUUGGGCCGCGGUCAUUUUUCUUCUCUGUAUUUCGGUUCAUGGAGAUAUGGAUGAUUCAACUACUAUGAUCAUGCCACUAGACAUCACAGGUCCAGAUGACAUAGAACAGAUUGCAGAUUGGAAGGACCGCUGUAGGACAAGAGUUGGAGAACAGGCUGUGAAAGACAUUGAGGACUCACAGAAAAAUUUAUUACCCUGUAUCACGAAAAUUAUAAAAUGGGACAAACUCCAGCAUGAAAUCAAUCGAAGUAUCCCAAGGGGUCAAUUGGAUUUGGUUUUCAAGAAGUAUUGUGGACGACGUGAUAGUUUAAUGGAAUGUGUGGAAGAUAUGUUUACAAAGUUAGACGUAUGCAUGGAUGAAAGGGAACGACAAGAUUUGAACAUAACCCGUGCAGCCAUUGAUGCAGGAUUAGACUUUGUAUGUUACAAAGAUGGGGACAGAAUAGCAUUGUUCAUGGGCGAGAAAGGUGGAGAAUGUGUUAAGAGUCAGAAGGACAACAUUAGAAACUGCAUAGAAGAAAGGGUGCCGGAAAUGAAGGAAGCUGAAGCUGAUCCAUUUGCAAUAAGCAUUAACAAACUAACCAUAAAUGAAGAGAAUUGCAAGAAAGUAAAUACAAUGCACCAGUGUAUUGUGACUUGGACAGAGAAAUGUGAAGAUUCUACACCAUCUAACAUCCUUGACUCUCUUAUUGUCCAGAUCUUAAAAGUUACCCCCUGUAAACAAACAAGUGGUGCCACAACACUUUUGCCUUGGAUGUUGAUGUUGUUGGGAGCUGCUCUAACAGCAGCAAACAUUCUUCUUUAACUUGUGCAAUACAUUGAAAAAGGGGUAAGGUAAGAAGCCAAGGUAUUUGUAGGGGGACCACUACCUAGUCAAGGAAUAGUUGAAAUAGUAUUAUGAGAAAGACAGUUCAUCUGGAGAACUUGAACUUUUGAAAAUGCAAAAUAAUCUGGAGAAUUCUUCAUGGAGUAGUUAUAGUGAAAGAAUGUAAUUUUAUCAAAAUAAUGUUUGUGUGUGAAUUUUGAUGGUUUUGUCUUGAGGAAAUGUUCAUCAGUUUCUAGUCAUGUUGCUUUAGGUCUCUAUGGCCAAGCAGUCUGAGGUAGAAUCCCCAAAACUCCCAGCCUCAUGUUUUGUACUAGGGGAAGGUCAUCAGAAAUUAUAUAUCAAAACAAAAUAUUCUUCAACCUAUGACAAGUAAAGCAUCUGCCUAAAAUGAAGACCAAUUUGCAGAUAUACAUUUCUUUGGUUCAUCCCCAUGAAAGAGUUCACUCAAUAAGGAUGUAUCAGCAGUACACUUGAAAGUCAUAGGCGAUCACAAAAAUAUGAAAAAAUACAGAUAAGACUCGGCUCUGGCUAGUUUCAGCUUCAGUUUUGAGUGACUUAUAAUAAAUGUUUUAUAUUUGAAGUUGAUUAACAGGAAGUGGAAAGCAAGGUUUUAAACUACCAGUAAUACAAAUACCUAAUGGAGGAAAAUUUACUACUUAGUAAAAUUGUUUUAUGGAACCACAACCAAAAGCUAAAAAUUUAAGAAAAGAAAAUUUGUAAUGAGGAGUCAACUUAUCUCAUAAUAGUAAUGGUAGUUUUGGCUGAAUUUAUCAUAGCAAUCUUCUUCAGGUGUAGUGUGCAACAACUGCCAGAGGACAUAAGAAUGUAAACCUUUGUUUAAAUUAUUCUAAUGUUUCACUAAGGUUCAACAUAACCUGAUCCCAGCAGAAUGGCAAAUGAAGGGAGGACGAGUUCAAUACUUAAUCAGAAAAUGGGUUACAGUCAGUGUACUGUCUCAUUUUGAAUACUAAUAGUUUUCUGGUAUUGCUGUGUAAUUUACCUCUCUCUCUCUUGGUUGGGAUUUUGAUAUUUAUUCUUAACUUAUAGUAGUGCACUCUUUAGUUGUUGAUAAAAACUUCUGGAACUAAUUUCAAUACGCUUUGACGUCUUUCAUUCCUGUUUUGCCACUUACACAGGGAUAGGCCAUCUCAAGUAAAUGUUAUAAGUAACACCAAAAGUAAUAUUGGUACAUAUUAGGAAAGUAUUCAGGGUGCUAUUGCUUUGUAUAUUCUGUUAGGGUUACAGAAUAGUUUAAACUUGACAUCCUGUUGCUCCUUUGAUAUUUUGAUUUUCAUUAUAAAAUUAAAUUUUGGAUACAUUUAAAUAAUUGUUCUGAGUACAUGCUGCAAUCAGUAAAUUUUCAUCAGUCUCCGUAGGUCUGAUUUAGCCUAAAUUGCUAAUUUGUUUAGUUAUAAAUGUUUGAUCAGUAACAAGGUAGCCUUCAUUGUAGAAAGACUGUCUGUCAGUUUGCUUCUUACAAGUAUGUUAAUGUCUGUCAGAUGUGGUUAUAUCUUGCAGUACUUCAUUUCGACUGUUUGGUCAGUUUUCUCAUUAUGUAUAAUAUAAGGUAUUGAAGGCUUUAGACAAAAUUUGUUGAAAAUAAGAGCUUUCACAACUGUAAUAUAAAAAAGCAGAAUAGAGCUUUCACAACUGUAAUAUAAAAAAGCAAAAUAUACCAAAAUCUUUUAAUUAAUGAAAUUUUAGUCUUCUUUUCUUGUUUACUAUCUAAUACUACAUGUUCUGGUUUCCUUAAUUUUAGAUUUAAAUAUUUACAUACAAGUCUUCAACCUGAAUUAGCAGUGAAUGACCUUGUAGCUCCCAGUGCUUGGCUUUUGGCCUAAAUUCCAUAUUCUAUUGGCUUUAAGAUAGUGGCUAAGGUAAUCAUGAUAGUCCCUGUGACCAGUAAAGAGCUGGAGAUCAGGCAUCUUUUUUCUUCAAAAUUCUGAUACAAGAGCAACAAAAAAUUUAAGCAGGUAUCACACUUCUGUAGUGAUCAUGAUUGAUCAAUUUACUGAGCUGCUUUAUUAACCCACUUAAUUUCGUUGACUAGCAGCAACAGAGUGGACAAUGUUAUAUGCAUUUCUCAAGUUUCACAAUCUUCAUUUCUAUUUUUUCAAUUUCCAGGUUUACGUAGUACUGUCCAAUAUCUGAGCCAGCAGUUAUAAUAUCUACAUGAUUUUUUUUUUUUCAAAUAUGACAAUUUUUAAUAAUUUUGUAUUUUUCAUAACUAACAAACCUGAGGUCUUAACAUUAGGAUAAUCUUCUAGCCUACUUGGUGAAAACCAAACAUUUGCAUGUCGCAUUCAUUUUACUACCAUGCAUUGGAUGAAUAGGCAGAGAAUGGAGGUCACUAACAAUGAAUUUCAAGUUUUGGAAACCAAUCAAUGUUGUCCAUUGUAAUUUUUUGGUUCAUAUAAUAAUUAAAUUUAAAAUUGCAAUUCAUCAAAUAAAUUUCAAAUUUCUUUACAGUUUUCUUUAAGAGUUUUUUGCCUGUGAUCAGUGCUUACUACAUUUUACUGUAUAUAGGUUGCUUCAUGAACUUUUACUGUAUAAAGGUUGCUGCAUGUGUUCAUGAAACAGGAAAUUGUUGGCUUGUGUAUCCUUCAAAAGAAUAGUGAACUUUUAAGAAUUAUUGACUGGAAGACUUGUUCUAAUUAUAUUUAUUUCAAACCUUUUUUUUUUUCUUUUUUUUCUGAAGCAGUGUCUUUUGCCUGUUGAGGCAAGUUAGCUAAUACAUUCAUACAGCUCUAUAUGAAACUAGGUAGCGUCUCAGUUUCCAGAAUUUGUAGACUAAAGCACUGAGUAAACAGGUCUUUCUGAAUAUUUGGGCCAGCCCUGUGAGUUUAGUACGAUUAGUGGUCAGGCUCAGCUACCUGAAAAUAAUGAUAAAAUAAUAUUCAGCAUAUAUUUGACCUCAUAGAGAAUGUUGCCAGUUAGAAUGUUAAUAUACUAUGUUAACUGCUGAAUUGAUGAGGUAAUAAAAUAAUCUUUUGGAAUAUAAUAUGCUUGCUAAACACGAGAAAAAAUGCUCAAAGGUAUUUACAUUUAGGGAAGGACUUUAAUGAAUGACAAUUAGUUUCCUUUGUCAAAUGAGGGCUGCAAUAUAUCAGUUUGCAUGCAAACAGGUAUAUUGUAACCCUCACAUCAGAUCUCAACUGUUACUUAUCAGCAGCUACAAUAAUGUUUUAUUUUUGCUAGGCUACUGUCUUAGAAGAAUAGAUUUUGUCUAUAAAAAUCUUGAACUAAAUGGUUCUUUUAAGAGUAAAAUACAAGUUAGUUUAAGCUAGAAAUUACAUGAAACAUAUUGUUGCCUUAGGGAUAUCUUGAAUGUUAAAAGUGUGAGCUCCAUUAUAAGGUGUGUGUUACUUAUCAGAUUUUUCUACUUAUUAGGAGACACCACUCCAAUAAAUCAAGGGUCUACUCUGACAAAAUAUGUUUUGCUCGGUCCUUUUCAUGUAAUAGCAUUAGUGUUACCAUAUGUUUUACAUUUCAGGUGUAGUAUAUGCUGCUUGAACAGUAAUUUUGCCAAUGCAAUGCAACAAGGAUAUUGUACUGGUUGGGUUUUUGUAAAGUAUAUUUAUUUUUAGUCCCAACUUUUGCAAAAUUCAUUUUUAGAAAUCCCAUUGGUUCUUUUGAUGAUUUAUGUUACAUAGCUUACUUUUGGUUGUGCCAAAUUUAUUUUUAUUGUUUCAGUUAUUAUUAAUUUGAAAUUUCAUAUGUUUUAUGUCUGUCAUUUUAAGUACUUACAAUGAUCUCUUAAAACAAACUAGUUCUUGCAAGCUGUAUGUACAUAAGAAUUCUAUUUGUAGAGGAUGUUCAUGGUUGAAUGAUCCAAAAAUAUUGUGAUAAUUUAGAACAAACCUUGAUGUAUAAUUUCAUCCAUGGGUUGAAGGAUGUAGAUUUUUAAUUUUCAAUUACUCAAGUUAACUGUUCUAAAUGUAGUACAGUACACAUAUACUAAUAUGAAAAGGCUUGUGCUUGCAGAUGAUUAUCAAAAAGUAGGGCUGAGAAUUACAGGUAUAGAUAGCAGCUUCAAUUUAUAUAAGAAAUAUUUAUUUCCUAAUAAUAUACAGUAUUAUAAUUAUAUAUAAUAAUUAAUAUUUAUUUUUCAUACAGAAUAUCAAAUAUUGUAGCACUUCUCCUAAAUGAUACCCAUUAAUCCAAGACCCACAGUUUGAAUAAAGUUGAACGAGGUUUCAUACUUUUAAGUUUACUGUUAGUAAUGUGUGCAUGGUGCAGAGGCCACUAAGCUUUAUCAUAUACUCUCUCCUACAGUUGUUAUUCAGUGUCACCUUUAACAGUGUUCAUAUAUUCUUACAGUUAAUUUAUUAAUUAAUGUCAUUUUGAGUACAUACCUAUAUGUAUCAAGAAUGGAAUAGGAAAUGGUCAGCCAUUUUGAGUUAUGAAAGUUACCUGCACUUUUCAAUGUUGUUUUGCCACUUUGAUAGUUGUGAAGAUCCAUUUCCAAGGACUUGAUUAUCAUGUGUCCAAAGCCUAUAUUACUGAUGGGGACAGUGCCAAAAUCUUGUAGCUUAUAGCUACGGAGUUGGAGCAGGUUGUUGUUAGUUCUUGUCCACCUAAAACAUAAAACAAAUAUAGUAGUUACUUUUUUAAUACAGUAAUCCAGUACAAUUUAUAUCUUGCAAAAUGAUGUCCAACUUCAAGCAGUGUUAUGUAUACUUGGAAUAAUGGUUAUGCUAAGGUCUGAACCUUAUCACACACCACCACCUCCCAGGAAACAACUUUCUCAGAUAUUUGUAUAAUUAUUGUAUAAAUUACACUUUCUCCUAACCCAGUGGUUACGAUUUUAUGACAUUUCACUUUUUACCACUUUAGUAUAAUGUGUACUAUCCAACUGUUAUUUGCAUUUAUAAUGUACGUAUAUCAGAGAUUUACAAAUGUCAAGAUGGAAAGCAAGAAUGGUCUAGUGAUAGUGAUGUAUAACAGCUUUAAGUGAACUAGCUAGCAGUAAUGAAACUCUUUGAAUAUUAUGAAAAUGCAGAGGAAUUAUUUGUAUAGGUUAGACCCAGUUAUUGUAAUUUUAUUGUCCUGUGCUGUAUAACUGUAAAAUAUGAUUUUGUAAA